GAGAGCUAGAGCUACUGAGAGAGAGAGAGAGAGAGAGAGAGAGAGAGAAGGGGGGGUAAUAAGGAUGCAAGUGUGAAGCAAUGUGAAGGGAGCCUAGAAAGAACGACUGGGGCAAUCACAAGGGCGAGAAGGAGUCAGGAAGAGCAGGAAAAAACGUGUAGUUGGAAUAGCCUGGUGGUAAAGUGUAGAGAUGCAAUGACUAGAUGAUCUGCUACGACGUGUACCAGCAUCCUGUCCUGCAUCCUUGACAGGAGGUGACAAGUCAAACUGACAUACACUGCUACGUCACUGCAUCAUGUCAUCUACAGGGUCUUCCAAACACAACAAACAUCUGGCAUCGGAGACAGACAACUCCCAGAGAGUGUUGAACAAUGAUUCCACACAGCAUCUGAAGCUGAGGGAGAGACAACGCUUUUUUGAGGAGGUCUGCCAGCAAGAUGUGGAUAACUACCUGCCCUCAGGUCACUUGCAGAUUGACAGCAGGAAACCCCCCAUGGGAAGUAUCUCGUCUAUGGAGGUGAACGUGGAUGUGCUGGAGCAAAUGGACCUGAUGGACAUCGCUGACCAAGAGGCCCUUGAUGUGUUCCUCAACUCUGGAUCAGGAGGAGAUGAGGGAGUGCUAACAUCCCCACUACCAGAUGAGGAGGACGAAGAUGAAGAUGAGGCGGAUGAAGAGGCCGAGGUUGUCUAUAGGGUGUGUCCACCAUUGCAAAGGCAAAAUGAAGUCCACCACGGGUCAAAGUCUCGCACGUCGUCGACAUCAUCGGGCUCCAGUGAUACUAGCGGGGGUGGAGCAGACACACCUGUAAUCCAGUCAGACGACGAGGAAAUCCACGCCGAUACCCAACUGCUGACCUCUGUUCCCCAUACUAAGGAUGAAGAAACGGAGGACGAGGAAGAGGAGCAGCGAUGCCUUCUGACUAAAUCGUAACAAAGCCUUAAUUAGAAUUAGAAUUAGACUUAGAGACAAGCAGGCAGGGUGUAAAGAGUUGAAAUUUUUCUCUUACUGCCUCUUCACAUUUGCUGAGAAACCCGAGCAUGAUACACCUGCUGUGAUUUGUCCUUUGAAUAUUUGUGCAUAUUUUUUUGUAAGACGCUUGUUCUUUACUACUUAAAAUAUACAUUUUCUUCUCUUUGUUAAUGGAAGAAAAAUGUCAGCUGAAGCUACUGCUCUUUGUUUCCUGACAUUUAACACAAAUUAUACAGUAGGAUUUAUUCAACGCCCACACACUUAAAUGUUCUGGCUGCGUGCUGCCUGAGGUGAACCUCCCUCCUGCUAACUUUGAUUCAAAGCAAGUACCAAGCAGCCAUGUUAAACACGAACGCUGCAGUGCAUCAUCACUUUGCAGUUUAAAAAAAUAAAAUAAAAUACAUUAAAACCAUAAAAGCCCAUCCACAGGUUGUACUUUACUGAUGUGGGCAAGUCUCAAGUAAAUGACUUUAGUCAAAAUAACUUUAGUUUUGAUGACAAACUGCGCAAGGUGCGCUGGCUGAAACAAUUUCAAUGUAGUAAAAGUUAACUUCAUUCUCACGCCUUAGUCAUAGCAGGUAUUAUAAUGUUGAAAAUUAAACAUAAGUGGCCAUAAAGCAUCCUUUUGAAAAAAAAAAAAAAAAAAUACAAUUAUGAUGGGUGUGUUUUACUCACGACACUGUGUGAUGAAUGGCAUUCACUGAAAUCAUUAGUUUUGGUAGUGGUUUUAAUUUUCUUCGUUUCUUCCAUAUUGUUGUAAAGAGUAGUUAUUUUUCUAAAUUCCCCAUAAGUUUUGAAUGAAGUUCCGAGGAAGAGACGUAACCAUUGUUAAUAUAGAUUUUUACACAGAAAUAUUUUUGGAUAAAGUGAAACGUAACAUUUGAAUCACUCCCAAAACUAUGUGGUGGCUUUAGUUAUACGUUUAGUUAUAUGCCAUUGUUGAUGUAGUAAAUCUAGGCUUUAAAAUGGACACAAUCUGACAGAUCUCAACAAAAGACUGUUAAUCAAUGUGGUAAAAAUGAGAGAAAUGACAGAAAUCAUAAUAUAAAAUUCUUAAGCUGCAUUUGAGGCUUGAUAUAGAUUUUCCCAGUUGAUUUCACACCAUGUUGCGGCAUGCAUCGAAUUUAAAGUUAAACGAGUGAAAUUUCCUUUUACACACACACAGUUUGCCUACAGUGACAAACCUCACUGAUUCCAGCUUUUAUCUGUUGUCUCUUAAGUGACUGUGUUGAAAUUGAAAUCCAGUGAAAUGUGUUCACUGUUAUUGUAACCUCAAAAGACAAAUUCAUUUAACUAUUGGAUCAUGUCUCAUUUUUUUGCAGCAUGCAGGAUUUUCCAUCUCCACCACAAAUACAAAACCUGGUCUCUGCUCUGUGGCUCUGGUCACCAAGACUGCAGAAUGAUAUUCUAUUUUUU